AUGGAUGGAUACAGCAGUGUAGUUGACGAUGAGAACACCAAGAAUGUCAACAAUAAGAAUGGGAAACCCCUGGAAAGCCACGACAUGUUGGACGUGAUUCACGAGAGCGUGGCCCGAGUGAUGCUGGACAGUCUGCAGCAGCAGCAGCAGCAGCAGCAGCAGGAGCAGCAGCAACAAGUUCCGGCGAUGAUGAUGAUGAUGAGCGCGGAAAACAGAGGACACCUCCAGAGGGUCUUGGACAUCACUGGGAAACUCCGCACCUACUGCGAACACCACUCGACUCAGCCCAGUCCAGCCCUGCAGGGAAUUCGGCGCAGGACGAACGAGUUCGACUGGGAGCGUUUCUGCAGCGACAAGAACCUGGCUUUCGCGGUCUCCGCGGGACAAAUGAUCGGAGCUACGGAAGGAAACCUCAUCGGACUUUUGGCUCGAAUAACGAAAGCCAAGCACUGCCUCGAGAUCGGCACUUUCACGGGCUACGGCUCGGUGGCCAUGGCCGAGGCCGUGCCCGCCGACGGCACCGUCACGUGUCUCGAACUCCAACCAGAUGUCGCUGCUCAGGCCACGGAAAACCUCGCCUUAUUCUGCCCUCCACACCACGCCAACAAGGUCUCCAUCAAAAUAGGAACGGCAUUGGAAUCGCUUCUUCAGUUGGUGGACGAGGGCAAACAGCAGUUCGACUUGGUCUUCAUUGAUGCUGACAAGGCCAGCUACGAGAAAUAUGUCAAUAUUGUGCUGGAUCACUUGUUGUCCCCGGACGGGUUGAUUCUUGUGGACAACACCUUGUUCGGGUGCGGCAUGUUUUUCGACCUGGGCACGGAAAAGGGAAGAAGAAUCGCCAAGGACACGGAGGAUUUCAAUCGAUUCCUGAAGGAGGAUCCACGAAUUGACCAGAAUUCAGACCAUUUAAGCCCCGCCAUUUCGCCCACUUUUCCUUACCAUCAAAGGUUAUCCGCUCAACGAUCGGCCGCACUGAUGGAAGACCCGAAUGCCGGCUUGGCCUCAUUUUGGGUGUGUCCGGUCGCCGUGAUUGCCGUUGGCAAAUGUUGCGCACUUGCCGGUGUGGGUGUUGUUUGCGCGAAGGAGAACGUCGUGAGCAUAUCUUCGCCGCAGAAAGAAAUCGUUAGUGCAGUCGUGUGCGUCGUGGCUCUUCACGUCUUUCUCAUUUACUUCCUCAUCGGAGCUUUCAAGGAAGACGAUUCUAAGCCCCCAGAGAAGGUGGACUAA